AUGGGAAAGUUCGAUAAAGCUGAAGAAGUUUUCGAAGUACUUAUUAAGAAUUCAUUCGAAGACGAUUUGGAAGGACUUAGCCGUCGUUAUCAUCUAAUGGGAUCAGUUAAACAACAUAAAGGUGAUUACAAAGAAGCACUUAUCUUAUAUAAAAAGGCUUUAAAUAGUUAUCGAUUCUUGUCCAAUUCGAGUCAAUUAGAUUUUACUAUACUUUACAAUGACAUUGGCUCAACCUAUCGUUACAAAGGAGAAUAUUCAAAAUCAUUGAAAUAUCAUCAAAUGGCACUGGACAUCCAAAACAGAUCUAAUCCAUUAAAUUAUUCAGAUUUAGUAAUUACCUAUGGCAACUUAGCUGAGUUUUUUUUCUAUUAUACACGAGUGAAAGGUCAGAUUAAAGCUUGA